AUGGUUUACAGGAAUUGGAUUUAGGUGAUAAUCCAUUCGAAAGUCAGCCAAUUCCUGAUAUUUCAUGCUUUUCAUCCUUGGAUACAUUAUCGCUUCGAAAUACCAAUAUUGUCGGCAUACUACCAAAAUCAUUUUUCCACAUGCCUUUUCUUGGAACUUUAGAUUUUUCCCAUAAUCAUUUGAAUGGUGUGGAUAUCAUUGAUGAAACACAUCUAUCAAACUUAUCUAAAUUAACAGUUUUGGAUGUGACACAAAAUUCACUUUUAUUCAACUUGAGUUCAAAUUGGAUUCCACAUUUCAGACUAGAUACCCUACAUGCAUCUUCGUGCACAUUGGGUCCUAAAUUUCCAGGAUGGCUCAAACAUAAUGGGGAACUUAGGAAUCUAGAAAUCUCUAAUAUUGGUAUUUUAGAUUCAUUUCCAAAAUGGUUUUGGAAUCUAUCUUCAAGUUUGACAUACUUGAACGUAUCGUAUAACAAACUUAAUGGACCCUUGCCAAUGUCAUUUCCAAGUAUGAAAUUAAAAUAUGAUCACUUUUUUGUGUGGGAUUUUAGUUUCAACAAUUUGAAUGGUUCAUUGCCUCCUUUUCCAGAAUUGAGUUCCCUGUUUCUCUCAAAUAAUAUGUUUUCUGGGUCAUAUCGUCCUUUUGUACAUCUUCACCACAUAACUUAAUUUAUUUGGACUUGUCUAGUAAUUUUCUAGGGGGGAAACUUUCAGAUUGUUGGAGGAAGUUUGAACAUUUAGUAGUUCUAGAUUUUGGAAAGAAUAAUUUAUCGGGAAAAGUACCAAACUCAUUUGGCGCUUUACGAGAAAUAAAAUCGCUCUAUUUAAAUAACAACAACUUCUCAGGUGAACUUCCAUCUUUGAACCUUUGUCACAACUUGGAAUUAUUUGAUGUUGCUGAUAACAAUCUCCAAGGAACGUUGCCGAUGUGGAUAGGCCAUCAUCUUCAGCAAUUAAUUAUUUUACGUCUACGGGCAAAUAAAUUCCAAGGAAAUAUUCCAACAAGUAUGUGCAAUCUAUCAUUUCUUCAAGUACUGGAUCUUUCUACAAACAAUAUUACAGGGCAAAUACCACAAUGCUUCAGUCACAUAAUUGCUUUAUCAAAUUUGAUGUUUCCAAGAAAAAGAUUUGACCAUAGCUCAUACACAUUUUCAAUUGAAGGUGAAAUGUAUGAAAUUGGCUCCUUCAAGGACAAGGCAAUAUUGGCAUGGAAAGGAUCAAACAGAGAAUAUGGGAAAAAUCUUGGAUUGAUGACGAUCAUUGAUCUUUCUAACAACCACUUAACUGGAGAGAUACCUAAAAGUAUAACAAAACUUGUGGCAUUAGCUGGUUUAAACCUUUCAAGGAAUAAUCUCACAGGAUUAAUUCCCAACAACAUUGGUCAUAUGGAAACAUUAGAAUCACUUGACUUGUCAAGAAACCAUCUUUCUGGGAGAAUGCCACCAAGCUUUUCGUAUUUGACAUUUCUUAGUUACAUGAACUUGUCGUUCAACAACUUAGAAGGUAAAAUUCCACUAAGCACUCAACUACAAUCUUUUGAUCCCUCUACAUAUGUCGGGAACAGUGGACUUUGUGGACAGCCACUCAUAAAUCUUUGUCCUAGCGAUGUAAUUUCUCCAACAAAAAGCCAUGAUAAACAUGCCACUAGUGAAGAUGAAGAUAAGCUCAUAACCAUUGGGUUUUAUGUUAGCUUGGUGAUUGGUUUUUUUGUUGGAUUUUGGGGAGUUUGUGGAACUCUAGUGAUAAAAACAUCGUGGAGACAUGCCUAUUUCAAGUUCUUCAACAACUUGAAUGAUUGGAUCCAUGUUACACUAUCGGUUUUUGUAAAUUGGUUGAAGAAUAGACUUCAAGUCGAAGAUUAACCGGUAAGCUUCAUUUGAGAGUGAUAUUUGCAAUGUCUUCAUCAAUAAAUGUUUCGUUUGGAACAUGCGUGUUAAAUCCAUGAGUAUUCUUUGGAGUGCAGGA